AUGGCAUUGAGGCUCAGCCUCUUCCCCACGACGGCGUUUGCGGGUACGACGUUUGGUCUGUGUCGGCGCUUGGAUUGGCAGGUAAGGAUAGCCAAUAGUGGGCCGCGACGGGGUGUUGGACGCGAGAGAACGACACCUGGCAAGCCGCAAACUGAGGUUCGGAUAGCGAGUGCAGGUUAUGCCGGCGGGAGUUGGGUGCGAAGAGGCGCUAAACAACCUUCACCACGACAACUCAUUCGCUCUGUCGUCAAUGCCAACCUCAAACUGCCGCCCCAGGCCCUCUACACCGUCGACUGUGUACAGCAGAAGCGUUGCAAUGCGGCGCCGACCAUCCCGGUUUCAUGCUACCCAACCGCCCCAUCUGCAAGCGCCUCGCUGAAGCCAUCCCGAUCGGGACGCGUCGUGACGUCUAUGGCCAGUGAGCAUACGUGUAGCCACGAAGCCAUGCUGCAUCGAGCGCAAGAGGCUGCAAGAAUAGCUCCAAGUCGUUUACCAGACAUGUUCUGCCGAGCGGACCACGUACUCGCCCGCCAGCAGCGCUAUGUUUCAGGCGCCUUGUGA